CUGCCCCAGAGCCGUGGGGAAGGGACGGUGUGGAGAGCUCUGACCCCCAGGUCUUGCUGCCUCUCUGUGUCCCCCCUGGAGACACCUCAGCAGGAGGAUGAGCUCUUGUGCAUGCUGGAUUCCUGCUGUCACCUCACUUGGCACCUUGGUGCUCCACGCUCUGCUCUUGCUGCUCCUUUACAUCAUGCUCAGCAGGAAAAUUGCCCAACAUUCCCAUGGGAUGGAGACGAGCAGCAACCCUGGGGAUCAUCCCAGGGCUCAGCCCAGCCCAGCCUCAGCUUCAUCACCAGCAGGGGACAGGACACAAAAUCCCAGAGCACAAAAACCAUCACCAGCCUAUGCAGGGAGCAGUGACACAUCUUCAGACACCUCGGAGGACUCGGACAACCCUUCCUGCCCUCAGGUACCACGGGAAAAAAUAUCCUCAGAAAACAUCCAUUACACAUCCCUGGUGUUCCCAGGGAAAGGCCACCAGCCAGGCUCUGCCCAGGACUACAAGAACGUGAAGUCUGCGAUGGAUUAUGUCAACGUGGACCCAAAGGAGAGGAAAAUACAUUUCUGUCCAUUCUCCAGCCCCGAGGGAUCCAAGGGUGUGGAGUACACCGAGGUGAAGCUGUGA